AUGUCGAUAGCCCUCAACAUUUCCUCCGGCUUACGUGUCAAGACCGAUCCCUGUGGCAGCGUCUGGGAGUUGCUGGCGGACGGCGGCGCGCGCCCGGCGCCUACCUGGCCGCGGUGCGGACUGUACGACGAGGCGCGGCGCGGUGCCUUGCAUACAGCGGCCCCACCUCCCCCACCUUCCGCGAUCCCCUCCAGCCAAGUGAGCGCGCUGCCAGCUGCCCCCUCCACGCUCAGCUCGGCGGGACGCGGCGGCCGCCACGACUCCUGCGGCUCCGAAACACGUCAUGCAAGGUGGUUUCAAAAACCGGCUCGCCGGCCGCGCUCAGUGUGUGCCAGGCCGCGCACCGCGCACCGUGCCCCGUGCCACUCCGCCAGACGCCGCCGCACCCGGAAACGGCGCCGAGCGUCGCCGCCGUCGCGUGUUCGUCCGCCACCAGUGGCGCGCCCCCUCGGGACACGGAAGGCCUUCGUGACGUCGCCCCGCCUGCCUCACGUGCAACCGCAGUGCAGCCGCCGCCGGCGGAACCCGCCCCCGUGGCUCGGCGGUGCUCGGUCGCAUGCUCCCGCCUCUCGCGCCAGCCACUACCGCUUCGGUCCGUCAGUCGAGUACUCUCCUGGUCGUAAUCUGGCGUCAGCCGCCACGCCCUCCCUAUACUCACCGUCGCCGCAGGCAGGUCGCGAUGCGGAAACCACUGCGUUACAGUUCUGUAGAGUGUUUGUGAUUUUUGUGUGA